AUGUCUUCAGUGUAUGGGUAUGAUUAUAUCCAUGUACAUAGUGAUGAUUCUACUGUAUAUGAUUCCGAAACUUUGACAAAUAAUUGCUUAGAUAUAUUAGCGAAUGAAGUUAUUAAAUCAAAGGUAUCCAACCCGAUUAUACAAUUGGUACAUAGUGAUUGCUACUUAUCAAAUGCUUUAACGCAAAUAAUUGCUAGAAAUUACAGGGUGCAGCAUUCACUAAUAUCAGUACUACUUGACGGAUUGGGUAAAAAUGAUUGCAAAGAAUGUACAAACGCUCUGAUUGAAACAUGUUUGAUUUACAUUGGCAAAUUUGAUAAAUUCAGCGACAAAUUGAAUUUGCCAUUGCAAAUAUUAUCUAUUAUAGCAACGGAUGAUAAAUUAACAGGAAUUAGAAACAUUUUGUCAAGAUAUACAGACGAUGAUUACGCUUGUUUAUACUGGAAAGUAGCCUUGUUUAAUCAGUCAGUACCCAAAGAUCAUUUAACAGCGAUGUCAAAUUCAUUACUGUUAAACCAUUAUAACUUUAAAUCUAAAACCAAAUAUCAGGAUGCAUUUGACAAAUUAACACUUGAGGCUAACAGUUCAUUGUGGAUCAAAACGUUUAAUUCCAUACAUAAGAGGUAUAAGUAUGGAAGAUUCACUGAUGUAAGUAUCAAAAAAUAUAUCGAAAUAAUUAAUAAUUACAGAGAAACUCCAUGGUAUAACUAUGUUGUUAACGGAUUAUAUACUACAAUUGUAUAUUCUAUAAUGGAAUACCUAGCCAACAAUGUCUGCGUAAACUACUUCAAUGUAAGGUGUUUGAUAAAUGGAUUAAUUGCACUACUCGUCAAAUUCGGCGAUACAAUAUUAAAGUAUAGACUCAAUCUGAUUAUUGGUAUUUUCAAAAAAUUAAUAUGUGCAACAAAUUGUAAUUGCCAAUAUACCCGUAUUGGUUAUUGCAUUUCUGGAGUUUUGAUAAAAUCAGAUAUUGUUAAAUUGGCAAAAGUGUUAGAGAUUAUCGCGCAUCGUAAUUAUUUUCUCCAUAGAAUGAUUAAAAAUUUUGAAUUUUGGGUCAAUAACCUUGAAAAUGUCGCAAAUACUACGUUACAAACAAUUAAAUUUACAGAUUAUUCAACAAUUAUUUCACAAGAUAUUGAUGAGUUCAAAGAAUUAACAAUUGAACGAGCAAUUUUGAUACUUGAUUGGACUACAAAAUACGUGGAAUCACUAUAUGUUAUUAAAAAUUGUUUACUUAAAUCAAUUAAUUACAAUCGCAAACACAACAAUCCGAAAUUAAAUGAAAUGAUUCAAAUAUUGGCCGAAAAAUACGAUAAUUUAAACGACCGCGCAGAUAUUCACUUGACUCUUAGCUGUGAUUCAUUAUUUGAUGAAAACGGACAGUUAAAAGCCUGGGUUAGAUCCGCCGAAUCUUGCGAUUGCCCAGGGGAGUGA